CGAAAACCUCGCCGAAAGAAAUAAACGCCAAUGAUAGAUAUAGUUAAACAGCUGUCGUUUGAUAGGCACUGGUAGGCACGACGAAUCGUAUUUCGUCGUUAUCGAAGAGCUUGAUUGGCGGCUUGUUUUCCCGGAUUGAUGCAGCGCAGAGUAGUGAACGCAAUGGUACUUACAGAGAACCCGUACAGCGACUGCGUCAGGACUCUCGAGGUGGAUGGCCAGAAGUACCGGUACUACAGUCUUCCUCACCUAGGGGAUGCCCACUACGGCCAUUUGCCAUUUGCGGUGCGUGUGCUGCUCGAGUCUGCGGUGCGCCACUGUGAUGGCUUCCAAGUGAAGAAGCGAGAUGUGGAGGCCCUGCUGGACUGGCAGUCUCUGCAGGGCAAAGACGUCGAAAUAGCCUUCAAGCCCGCUCGUGUGCUUCUCCAGGAUUUCACGGGUGUUCCGGCAGUGGUGGACUUCGCGGCCAUGCGCGAUGCCGUCCAGCGGCUCGGAGGAGACCCAUGCAAGAUAAACCCGCUCUGCCCCUCGGACUUGGUGGUGGACCACUCCAUCCAAGUGGACUUCUCUCGCAUCCUCUUGUGCCAGGCGCCCAACCCGGGGGGAGGAGGAUGCCCACGGCCCCGCCUGCAGUACCCCAUCUGCCCUUUUCACGGCCGCCCGGCUGUCGGGGCAGAUGCACUCCAGAAAAACCAGGACCUGGAGUUUGAACGCAACAAGGAGCGCUUCCGUUUUCUUAAGUGGGGAUCCCAGGCAUUGCAGAACAUGCGCAUCGUGCCACCUGGUUCAGGAAUUGUGCAUCAGGUGAACCUCGAGUUCCUUGGACGCGUUGUGUUCCAUAACGAUGGCUGGCUGUACCCAGACAGCCUGGUGGGAGCCGAUUCACACACCACAAUGAUCAAUGGCCUCGGUGUGCUGGGCUGGGGUGUGGGGGGCAUUGAGGCCGAGGCGGUGAUGUUGGGCCAGGCGACCAGCAUGCUGCUGCCUCCUGUGGUGGGCUACCGGCUGAGCGGCCGAUUGCCGGCCGGUGCCACUUCGACAGACCUGGUGCUCACCAUCACCAAGCACUUGCGCCACGUCGGGGUUGUUGGCAAGUUUGUCGAGUUCUUUGGGCCCGGCGUUGCCCAGUUGUCCAUUGCCGAUCGUGCCACUGUGUCCAAUAUGUGCCCCGAGUAUGGGGCCACCGUCGGCUUCUUCCCCGUUGAUGCCAAGACCCUGGAGUACCUCCGACAGACAGGACGAGAUGAGCAGAUGCUGCGAUAUGCAGAAGCCUACCUGGUGGCCAACCAGAUGCUUCGAAAUUACUUGGACACUUCCCAGGACCCUGUUUUCUCACAGGUGGUUGAACUGGACUUGGCCAGCGUGGUUCCUUCCCUGAGCGGGCCCAAGAGACCUCAGGAUCGGGUUGCCAUGGAUAGCUUGCAGCAGGACUUCCAGCAAUGUCUCUCGGCAAAGGUGGGCUUCAAAGGCUACGGCCUGAAGCCCGAGCAGAUGUCCGCCAAGGCUGUCUUCUUCCACGAAGGGCAGCAGCACACCUUGCAGCACGGCUCCAUCGUCAUUGCAGCCAUCACCAGCUGCACCAACACCAGCAACCCGUCAGUCAUGCUGGGCGCUGGGCUACUGGCCAAAAAAGCCGUGGAACGGGGUCUAUCCGUGUCGCCUUACAUCAAGACCAGCCUCUCACCAGGCAGUGGGGUGGUCACCUACUACCUCCAGGAGUCUGGCGUAGUCCCCUAUUUGGAGAAGCUCGGUUUCAACGUGGUUGGUUACGGCUGCAUGACCUGCAUUGGCAACAGUGGACCCCUGCCUGACCCAGUGGUGGAUGCCAUUGAAAAGGGAGACCUGGUUGCAGUGGGCAUCCUGUCUGGAAAUCGCAACUUCGAGGGUCGCGUGCACCCCAACACUCGGGCCAACUACCUGGCUUCCCCACUUCUAGUUGUAGCGUAUGCCAUUGCGGGCACCGUCAACAUCGACCUGGACAAGGAGCCCCUUGGACACAGCCCGGAUGGCAAGCCUGUUCACUUGAGGGACAUCUGGCCUUCGCGGGAGGAAAUUCAGGCAGUGGAAAGUGAGCACGUGCUGCCAAGAAUGUUCAAGGAGGUCUAUUCCAAGGUUGAGACUGGCAGCAAACACUGGCAGACCUUGGAUGCACCCACGUCUCUUCUCUACCCAUGGGACAGCAACUCCACGUACAUCAAAUGCCCACCUUUCUUUGAGACAAUGGAGCGUGAGCCACGGCCAAUGCUAUCCAUAGAGGGGGCUUACGUGCUACUGAACUUGGGUGAUUCGGUCACCACGGACCACAUCUCGCCAGCUGGCAGCAUUGCUCGUAACAGCCCAGCAGCACGGUACCUGGCCGCCCGUGGGCUGACUCCUCGAGAAUUCAAUUCAUAUGGAGCUCGCCGAGGCAAUGAUGAUGUCAUGGCUCGUGGCACAUUUGCCAACAUCCGUUUGGUGAACAAGUUUUUGGACAAGCCUGGACCAAAGACCAUUCAUCUGCCAUCUGGUGACGAGAUGGACAUUUUUGAUGCGGCUGAGCGUUACAAGAAGGAAGGGGCCCCUCCACUCAUGGUGCUGGCAGGCAAGGAAUACGGCUCGGGCUCUUCCCGGGAUUGGGCUGCCAAGGGGCCUUUCCUGCUGGGCAUCCGCAUGGUGCUGGCUGAGAGCUACGAGCGCAUUCACCGCAGCAACCUGGUGGGCAUGGGCAUUGUGCCUCUCCAGUAUCUGCCAGGCCAGUCCGCCCAGAGUCUGGGCCUGACGGGUCGGGAACGAUUCACCCUCCGCUUGGGCAAGGACCUUGUGCCAGGACAGAAGGUCACCUUGCAGCUGAGUGACGGCCGCUGUGUGGAAGCCCUGCUGCGCUUUGACACGGAGGUGGAGCUGGCCUACUUCCAUCACGGAGGCAUCCUGCCGUAUGUGCUACGUCAGAUGAUCUGAGGUCUUAACAAAGAUGCACUCAAUAAAGCAUAUAUUUUCAUCCAGG